GCUGCUGUCGUUCACUGUCUUUGGAUUCGCGUUCGUGUUCGGAACGAUUUUCUGGAGAGUUCAAAGUGUGUCUGGUUCUGUCCUGUGUUCGUGUUUGUUCAGAGCAAUAGAAAAGUGUGAUUAUUUAGAGAAAAAAAAGUGAAUUGUGUAUAUUGGGGAGAACAAAAUUGAGGAAUUGCAGCAAUCGAAUGUUUUUCGGUGUCAAUUACCAGUGCGUCUGAGAGGUAUAAAUUUUUUGAUUGGUGUCUGCUAAAUUUCCAGAGCUUUCGGAUAAUUAAAAUUUACAGUUCGUGAAAAUUUCUCACAUCUGACCUUUUAUUUUCGUUCCCGUUAUCCGAAAAAGGGGCAAAUCAGUUGUGAACGGAAGAAAAGUGUUUACGUAAUUUUGCUAGAUUUUCUUCGUUGUGUAAUGUAAAGAAUCGUUGUCGCGUGUGCAAGAAGAGAAAGGCAGUCAAGUUUUAAGCAAAUUUGUUCAACGACGAAACACUCAAAUAUAGGCAGUGAGGGGGAAAACAGAUUUGAGUCUUGUGAGUGUAUUAGUGUGAGCCUUUUUUGUGAAAAAUUUCACCCUCCCUCCCCUUAAGGCUUACUGUGUCUAUCGUUUUCGUGAACGUCAAACGACAGCAGAACAGAAACUUUUCUCGUCGUGGUAAAAUUCCGGCUGUUGUGUAAUGGCGUUUCUGCGUUCGGUCUCUCGCUGCAACAAUUUGGUAUCGCGAAAAGCAUCAACAUCGGCAAUCAGUGGAAGUAUUUCUGUUUCCAAAUCUUACCGUAGUGUUCCUUUCAACGAUGCAUUAACCGUCGAGCGGUACCAAGCCUCGUUAACCUAUCUCAGCCAGGUCCUAGCCGGAGGACAAUUUCACCAGCGUAGAUUUAGAUCCGUAGCGGCGACCGCCAACGCCGGUGGUGUCCAUGUCGCUAAACAACAGCAGCAGCAGAAUGACCCCAGCUCUCCACAUCGGGACCCCUUGGAUGUCAGCUUCAAUGAUCCGAACGCAGCAUUCAAGAGCAAAACUACAUUCGAGUUGAUCCGGGCGUACUUUGUGUACGUCCUGUGUUCGUCUGAGUUCCUCGUAGAAAACAAUAUGAAGCUCAUGAAGCUGACGAAAGCAAUUACCGGGGACAAACUGUUUACCCAGUUCAUGAAGUCAACCUUCUACGGACACUUUGUCGCCGGAGAGGACAGAUUCCUGAUCGUACCAGUGCUUGAGAGACUGCGAUCGUUUGGUGUGAAACCAAUUCUAGAUUAUUCGGUGGAGGAGGAUCUGUCCCAGGAGGAAGCAGAGAAGCGCGAAGUGGAGGCUUCUCUCUCGUCAACUGGAACGAACCUUUCCGGCGAGGCCACCUCCCUGCCUCAGUACAGCGUGGACAAAACGUUUGCCGAUCGCCGCUACAAAGUACAAAGCGCACGUACCUACUUCUACCUGAACGAGGCAACAUGCGAACGGAACAUGGAAACGUUCCUCGAAUGCCUGGAUGCGGUCAAAGGAGCUACCUUCGGAACUGGUAUUACGGCGAUCAAACUAACCGCUCUAGGACGACCCCAGUUACUGCUUCAGCUUUCAGAAGUCAUUAUGCAGGCACGUAAUUACAUGAUGGAGCUAGCAGGCGAUACCGGUAACGUAAUGACACAUCACAAAACGAUUCAAGAUUUGGAACGAUACCUAAGUAAUGUAGCCGAUAAGAAGGAGGUGAAGCAGUUUUUGGAGAAGGUUACCUCGGAUAAAGACGGUAUUCUACACUUGUUCCCCUGGUCGGGAAUUAUCAACGAAGACUGCGAACUGAGCGAAACCUUCCGAGUGCCAGACCCGGUUUCCGGGCAAAUGCGUCGAUUGAUCUCACAGAUUCCACCCAAAGAGGAAGAAAUGUUUCGUAAUAUGAUUAGACGACUAAAUACUAUUGUUAAGACUGCCCAAGACCUAGACGUACGUAUAAUGAUUGACGCUGAGCAGACCUACUUCCAGCCAGCUAUCUCUCGCAUCACGCUGGAAAUGAUGCGCAAAUAUAACACCGAGAAAGCAAUUGUCUUCAACACGUACCAGUGCUAUCUGAAGAACACUUACAAAGAGGUUUGCACCGACCUUGAACAAUCGAAGCGACAAAAUUUCUACUUCGGAGCCAAACUGGUCCGAGGAGCGUACAUUGAGCAGGAACGGGCACGCGCUGCUGCCCUGGGGUACGAUGAUCCGACGAAUCCAUCAUUCGAGGCGACCACGGAGAUGUACCACAAGACGCUGACCGAGUGUCUGAGACGAAUCAGGAUUCUGAAGGAUGCUGGUGAAGAUCCCAAGAAGAUCGCCAUCAUGGUGGCAUCGCAUAAUGAAGAUACGGUCCGGUUUGCUAUCGAGAAGAUGGAGGAAAUCGGAAUCCAUCCGGAGGACAAAGUCAUUUGCUUCGGUCAGCUGCUCGGCAUGUGUGACUACAUCACUUUCCCGCUAGGUCAAGCCGGUUACUCAGCCUACAAAUAUAUCCCAUACGGUCCCGUCAAUGAGGUGCUGCCAUAUCUCUCACGACGAGCCCAGGAGAACAAGGGAGUACUGCAGAAGAUUAGGAAGGAGAAAAGGCUGCUUCUGUCGGAAAUUGUCAAACGACUAGCUAAGGGUCAAUUAUUUUACAAACCCAAGGGUAAAUAUGUACCAAUUUAAGCCGUUUGAUCUGUAAUAAUCAAUGCUUGAUGGCUGAAUGAACAUAAAAGAUACGUCUCAUUUAAAAAUAAAAACACACACACACACACAUUCAUUCACUCACACAAAAACUAAGACAAAAACACACGAAUAUGCGCCUAUGGUAUCACACAUACAGACUUCCACAUAGCCGAUAUGACGAUUUGUCGUCAUCAGGUCAGCAAGAUGUGUGUUGUACCGGAAACCCCUUCUCCUAGUUCUGUAUCCUGGGCAGGUGGGCAGUGUACAAACGCAGAAGGACGGAAUAGAGAUCUGUGCAGGGUGUUUUGUAGAUUGAUUUGUAUGAUCGUGAAAACGACAUUAGAACCAAUCACAAAGAAAAACCAAUAAUUAUGUUUAGGAGGCAAAUCUAGUGUAUUGCUGAAUAGUUGGUACUCGUUAGAAUCUCGCUGACACGCAAUGUUGCUGUUUAGAGGGACAGCGCUACAAAUGGAGGGAACGGAAAUGAUACUUGCAAGAUGUUUUGUUCACUCACGAUGAAAAGUUUUUUCGAAAAGACUUGGUUAGGACUUGUUUUAGAAAUAUACCUACUUUUUAUUGUGAAAAAAACUAGGAUUUGUGAUUGUAAUUUUAAUUUGUAGUGCAUAAAGACGAAUAAUGUUUAAUAAAUUUCAUUUAGUGAAUCGAAUUCCUCGUCUGUCUAGCAGCAAUACUUCCCCGUGCAUUCUCUUCGCUUUAAAUUCCGGUUAAAAAAAAAAAAGAAUCAAAAUUCUAUAUUAUGCACACAGUGACAAGCAAACAAACUGCCUCAGGUCGACAAAUAUUAUCGGAUAUUAAAAUUUAAACAAAAAAUACAAACCAUCAACAAAGAAAAGAGUAAAACAUAAGAUCUAUAUGUUAAACUGUUCUGAAUCAUCUUGAUAUUGAACGAUUCUCGAAAGUGUGCUAUCCGUCGUAAUAAACAUUUCUGAGUGUUGAACUGAACGGUUAUGGAAAAUGGAUGUUUGGAAAAUGUUUACUUCAAUCCGUAGCUAAUAUCCUGUCACAUAAGCCACUCUGCGUGUACUGUAAUUAACUGUGAAAUCUCUAAACCAUUGAACUUUUAAGAUGCUUUCAUCUUUCGUGUGCAACUCUGAACAAGACAAGAAACAAGAACGCGCACUCCAUCGUAACAUCGAUUACGAUCCAAAUGUUGACAAUAACGAUAUAGAACUGGAAACAACUAACGCAAAUGACUUAUAUAGUGAAUCUCGGAACGAUAUAUACUAGAAUCCAAUGAAUGUAAAAUUGUAUUCGCGUUGUAAUCUAUCGGGAAGACAGCUCAGUGCAACGGUACAACAGAGCACAUAUAUCUACUAUGAUCUGGUGUUGAAACUGAAAAAUAAAACGCGCUAAAUGUCCACAUGCGAGGCAAAAUUUAAACUGGCAAUGCAACUAAAGGCUAUCUUAACAACGGUAGUCAACAUAAAUGCACCUAAGGACAUAGUCGUGAAGCAUUUUCGAUGGCAGGACGGCAGCAAACGAAUAAUGAAAUGUUCUAAUUGUAAGAUGUGUAAACAUAGUUAAAAUCAAUAAAAGGAAAAAAACAAA